AAUUGAGAUAAUGCCCUCAUAGUCGUAUGUUAUAGGACUUCUCUGAGCCAACUUAGUUAUGAGUUACCAGUGGCAGUGGCAGAUCCAGAAAUGUUCAUAAGUCAUUUUUACAUGCAAACUAAAUGCUUAAAACCCUCCUGAGAACUUCUUGUAUAAAUGGAAGAGGUGUACCAAGGAAACAAAUUUCUGGAUGUAUUUUGAGCAGAAAUGUUAAUUUAAGCUGGUAUGCAGCAAACAAUCAACAUCAAAGAUUAUUAAGGCAGUUUAGCUUGCCUUUGGAAUCACAUAUUUCCCUUCAACAUGAUCAAAUGACAAUCCAAUAUUAUCUUUUUAAACUUGUGAGGAAUUUCCACACAUCUGUUAAAUGGAAUAACAAAUAUAUUGUCAACUAUGCCAAAGAAGGAACUACGAAAUGCAAGAAAUGUAAAACGAAAAUAGAGACAGGAGAUUUAAGGGUCGGUAAAGUGGUGACCAAUCCAUUGUCCAAAGGAGCUGGCGAUAUGAAUCUGUGGUAUCAUCCAAAGUGUAUGGUGGAAACAUUUAAACUAACUACAACUAUGAUAGAAAAGAUGGAAGGAUUUGGUGACCUUGAACAGGAGGAGAAAGAUAAUUUUAAUAAAAUGAUAAAUGAAUUCAAAUCUCCACUCAAGAAAACAGAAAGCAUGAAAACCACAAGUAGUGCACAUCAGAAGAAAAAACCAACUACUUCUACAAAAUCGUCCAAGAAAGUCUCAAAAUCUAUCACCUCUCCAUCCUCCCAAACAGACCUUUUGGGAGCUAACAUAGAGUUAUCUUCUGCUGGUAGAAUUCAAGAUCCACUUAUCAGAGAUGUAGUUAAUCCUAGGGAUUCCUUAGAGAAUUUCAAGAGGUUGUGCGAAGACAUUGCAGCAGAAAAAAGCUACCUUGUAAAAACACAGAAAGUUUCCUUAUUGUUAAAGGAAGGUCCUGAUGGAGAUGGAUUUAAAGGUGAUUCCUACUUGUGGUUGAAGUUGUUGUUACCUGGAUUUGUGAAGCGUGUUUAUAACCUCAAGAGUAAACAGUUGGUGAAGUUAUUCAGUCAGAUUUUGGACACUUCUUGUGAAGAUAUGGUUGAAGAUCUUAAUCAGGGAGAUGUAGCUGAAACAAUUAAAACUUUCUUUGAACAAAGCCAAAUGAUAGUACCCCAGAAGAGAAGUACUCUUAUGUUAAAAGAGAUUGAUCAGUAUUUAGAAGAACUUACAAAGGUCAGAAAAGAGGAUGAUCAGAUGAGAAUUCUACAAGAAGUAACCCAAAGAUGUGCAGCUGAUGAUAUUAAGAUGUUUGUGAGAUUGAUUACAAGGGAUUUAAAAAUGAAUGCAGGUGCAAAGAUAAUAUUGAAUGGACUAGAUAAAAAUGCUUAUGAUGCCUUCCAAGCUUCAAGGGAUUUGAAGGAUGUCGUACAGAGAGUUAAGCAUGGACAGUCCAAACCAGGAAACAGUGAACCUAUCAAUAUCAGGACAUUGUUAAUGACACCAGUGCUACCUAUGUUGGCUCAACCUUGCCGAUCUAUUGAGCAGGCUUUUAAAAAAUGUCCUGAUGGUAUGUAUGCAGAGAUGAAAUAUGAUGGAGAAAGAGUUCAAGUUCAUAAAAAGGGAGAUAACUUUUCCUUCUUCAGUAGAAAUUUGAAACCUGUUCUGGAUCACAAGGUGAAGCAUUUUUCUGAGUUCAUACCUAAAGCUUUCCCAUCAGGAGAUGAUCUUAUUUUAGAUGCUGAAGUUGUAUUGGUCGAUAAUGAAACUAGUAAUCCUCUUCCAUUUGGUAAUUUAGGAGUUCAUAAGAAAGCUGAAUUUAAGAAUGCCCAAGUGGGUUUAUUUGUAUUUGACUGUCUGCAUAUAAAUGGAGAAAACAUCAUGCACAAAUCUAUUAAAGAAAGAAGAAAGAUUUUACAAGAUGAGAUGAUGGAGAUUAAAAAUAGAGUUAUGCUUUCUGAGAUGAGGCUGAUAAAUGAUCCUGAUAAUCUACAAGAUAUGAUGGAUGAUGUAUUUAGUCGAGGUUUAGAAGGCCUUGUUUUAAAAGAUAUAAAUGGGGUUUAUUCACCUGGAAAGAGACAUUGGUUAAAAGUAAAGAAAGAUUAUUUAGAGGAAGGAAAAAUGGCUGACUCAGCAGAUUUAAUUGUCCUUGGAGCUUAUUAUGGUACAGGGAAUAAAGGUGGACUCAUGUCAAUAUUUUUAAUGGGAGCCUACAAUCCUCAAACAAACAAGUUCUGUACUGUUACAAAAUGUAGCUCAGGUCUUGAUGAUAAGACUUUAGAAGAACUACAGUUCCAGCUUGAAGUGGUGAAGAUAAACAAAGACAUCACCAAAGUACCAAACUGGUUACAUGUCAACAAGUCCCUGGUCCCAGAUUUUGUUGUCAAGGACCCGAAAGAAUCGCCAAUCUGGGAAAUUAUUGGAGCAGAGUUUAGUAAAUCACCAGCCCAUACAGCUGAUGGUAUAUCUAUUAGAUUUCCCAGGAUUGCUGAUGUUAGAGAUGAUAAAACGUGGGAAUAUGCCACUGAUGUUCCAAUGCUACAGGAUCUGUUUAAGAAAUCUAAGGAAGCAUCUGACAUAGUAACUACAAAGAAAGGAAAAUCAACUUCAGGCACAUCUACAAACAAGAAAUAGCAAAACUAAGGGUGCCACUGUCAAUAGUGAGAAACAAGAAUAGUCAUGAAUGAUAGUGAGGGUGGUGGCAUGAGUUCAGCCACAUCCGAAAUGAGAGGACUAUUGGAGAAAUUAUGUAGAUCUGUGGUGACUAAUAAAGUUCAAGAGAUUAAGAAUAGCACUGUUUUGCAGACAUGCUUGGUUGAACUAAUAAUGGAAUAAUGAAUGAUUUGUUAUGUAUAAUUGAUAAUGCCUUGGUUGGUUUUAUAUUGAUAUUGUUAGACAUUAUUAAAACAUAUGAAAAAUCUGA